ACUGAGGUCAGUCCACUCAUGGCGUCCAACGUGUCCAAGAAUCAAAACCGUUCUGUUUCUUCUCCUUCUGAUUCCAACUCAAGAUCUCUUUGGUGAAGUGGGUCGGCGACGAAAAUCAGAGAAAGAUGAUGAGGGUUGAAGGAAGGGCGUAUCAGGAGUUGUCACCUAGUUACUAUGGGAUUUGUACAGUUGGAGGAAUGCUCAGUGCCGGAACGAUCCAUCUCGCUAUCACUCCUCUGGACGUCUUGAAAGUGAAUAUGCAGGUGAACCCAAUCAAGUAUAAUAGUAUUACAUCAGGUUUGAAUACCCUCUGGAAAGAACAAGGUCCUUCUGCCCUAUGGAGGGGUUGGUCCGGCAAGUUAUUUGGAUAUGGUGUUCAAGGGGGCUGCAAAUUUGGUCUCUAUGAAUACUUCAAGAGGGUUUACUCAGAUGUGUUGGUGGAUCAAAACAGGAGUGUCAUAUUCUUUGUCAGCAGUGCUUCUGCUCAAGUAUUUGCUGAUGUAGCUCUCUGCCCUUUUGAGGCUGUCAAAGUCCGAGUUCAAACACAGCCCCAUUUCGCAAAGGGCUUGGCUGAUGGGUUCCCAAAAUUAUAUGCAACUGAAGGGCUCUCUGGCUUUUACAAAGGACUUUUUCCGCUUUGGGGGCGUAAUCUUCCAUUCUCUAUGACGAUGUUUUCAACAUUUGAGCAUUCAAUAGACUUCAUAUAUGACAACAUUAUCCAAAAAAAGAAAGAAGAUUGCUCAGUGGCCCAGCAGCUUGGUGUGACAUGUUUGGCGGGCUAUGCAGCUGGAGCUUUUGGUACCUUAAUCUCUAACCCUGCGGACAACAUUGUUUCCUCCCUUUAUAACAAAAACGCAGAAAAUGUGUUGCAGGCUGCGAAGAAUAUUGGGUUUGCUAAUUUGUUUACUAGGAGUCUUCCUCUUCGAAUUACAUUUGUGGGGCCUGUUGUGACAUUGCAGUGGCUCUUUUAUGACACCAUUAAAGUUCUAAGUGGAUUCCCUACAAGUGGAGGGCCUGUCAGGCAUAUCGAAGAAGCUGAUAGAUCCGCUUAAGCUCGUGGGAAUGAUAAACUACAGUUUGAUCACUUCUUCUGCAACUACAGGAAAAAAAAUUAUCAACCCUGCAGAAACUAACAGCAAUUCUUAUAUAGCUUUUACAAGACAAAAAUAUACCUUGCUUUUAUGCCCAGAUUCUGCAAUAAGGGUAGUUCAUCAAAUUUUCUCUACCAUCUUUACUUCUUUAGGUACUUCAUUGCAUCUUAGUCCAAGGUUUAUUAAAUUUUCGGGUUACAAAUUUCAGUCGCAUCUGCAUGAAUCUGCAGGCCAGCUUCAUUAGUCACUAUCUUUUGAUUGUAUAUCCAUGGAAAUUUAUAAUGUAAGCAACUAUUUUCGUCUUGGGAGACAUUUUGUUCUAGACAAUGAAGUGUUUAGGUAUGUUGACUUA